AUGGCGCGGGUAACAUGGACGAGGAAUUCAGAAUUUCUUUUAUCCUGUGUUGGAUAUGCCGUUGGUUUGGGAAAUAUUUGGCGAUUUCCUUCUCUGUGUUACAAGAAUGGUGGAGGUGCGUUUCUAGUCCCUUACCUCUUCUCUUUGGUCUUCGGUGCAGCACCUGUUCUGAUUAUGGAGUUGGGACUUGGACAGUAUAUGAGCCAAGGUGCUGUCGGUGUCUGGAAGAUAUGUCCCCUGUUUGAAGGUGUCGGCGUAGCUACCAUGGUGAUCAUGACGUACUACAACACCUACUACAUGCUAAUUUUGGCCUGGGGUGGAUACUACCUCGUCAUGAGUAUGCAGGCUGUACUACCUUGGACUCACUGCAACAACCAAUGGAAUACUGUGAGAUGUUCAAUUUCAAAAGAGGCAACAAUAGCGUCAUGUCUUAGCAAACUCAAUGUGUCACUGGACAUGUACAAUUCGUCUAGGCAUCAAUGUUUAGUGAGAAACUCAACAGACCUUCUACCGGUGGAUCCAACAGUCGAAUUCUGGGAACGGCAUGUUAUCCAGAUGUCUAAUGGGAUAGAGGAGAGUGGCGGAAUAGUGUGGCAAAUCGCUGUUAGUUUGUUUAUAGUGUGGGUAAUCAUCUACUUCUGUGUGUGGAGAGGUGUUAAGUGGAGCGGUAAGGUAGUAUACUUUACAGCAGUUUUCCCUUACGUGGUCCUGUUAUGUUUGUUAGUGAGAGGACUUACGCUAGAUGGUGCAGUUGACGGGAUAACCUAUUUCCUUAUCCCUAAUUUUGAAAGACUUGGUGAUGUACAGGUGUGGAUAGAUGGAGGAACUCAGAUAUUCUUUUCUCUUGCCGUUGCCUUUGGCGGGUUGAUAACACUUGGAAGCUACAAAAAGUUUAAUGAUAACUUUUACAGAGACAGUAUCAUCAUCAUAUGCAUCAACAGUGGCACCAGUAUACUAGGGGGAUUCGCAGUGUUCUCAGUUCUCGGAUUUAUGGCGCGUGAACAGGGAGUUGACAUUUCAGAUAUAUCGACUUCAGGUACAGCAUUGGCUUUCCUCACCUACCCGAAGGCAGUUUCGUUGAUGCCAGGAUCCAGCUUUUGGGCAGUGCUGUUCUUUUUUAUGCUGUUUUUGGUUGGUAUGGACAGCUUGUUUCUCGGAGUCGAAGUAGUCGUGACCAUGAUGGUGGACGCCCUUCCUGAGAGGUAUAGGAAGACCUGGACUCGCAUGUUAUUGACGGCCAUAUACUGCCUGGCACUGUUCCUCGUUGGGUUGUCUAUGACGACAAGAGGAGGAAUUUACAUUUGGAUCCUGUUUGACAACUUCUCUGCUAGUGGCAUGGUGUUGCUGUGGGUCUGUUUCUGGGAAUGCAUUGCAAUUGGUUGGGUAUUCGGCGCCGAUAGAUUUGAUGACGUCCUGUACAUGAUGUUAGGUUUCAAGAUCAACCGAUUAUUAUGGAUUUGCUUGAAGUUCAUCACUCCCUUCCUGACUACGGGACUGUUCAUAUCGCAACUUGCGUCAUUACGACUAGGUAAUUUAGGAUCUUCCUAUUCCUAUCCGCCCCUCGCUCAAGCCUUCGGCCUUAUGUUGUCCUUGUCAUCAAUGGUUUGCGUUCCAGCCGUUAUGGUUUAUAAAUUACUGGGAACCUCUGGUACGCUUGUCGAGCGCCUGAAAACACUGAAAACUCCAAUUAUAGAGGAAGGUCGGAUACCUGAUUCUUGGAAUUCAGAAUUGAGGAGAUUCACAAAAAAUUCAUUGAACAAGAAAGAAGAGGAACACCAGAUGUUGUAACUCAGAGUAAAGCACAUCUAUUGAAUGGGGAAGUGAAUUUAAGCUGUAUAACACAGAUUUUUGGAAAAGUUGGAGAGCAAUUUAUUAGGUAUUCAGGAGAUGGAUACACCAUUUUCAUAUAUGUGGACUGGCAUAGUCAUGAGGUCAAUUAAUUAACCAAUAGAACAAUAGACAAACAUAUUUAUUAUUCCACUAGGUUUCUAUCAAAUUUUACCAACAGUAGUGAGCUUACUUCUUUAUAUUUUAAAGAUU